GUGAAAUCCAAUGUUUUUGGUCGUUUGUCUGGCUGCGGCCGUGAUUUUCUUGCUUUACCUGAGAUGGGAAUACUCCACAUACGUGAAAACCAUAGAUCUGAUACCAGGACCCCCAAAAGUCCCUGUCAUGGGCAAUGCCUUAUUAAUUCCUCGUAAUCCACACGGUUCCCUAGAAAUCCUUCAAGAAAAAUGGCCCAAAAUAUACGGGCGCAUAUACCGCGUAUGGGUCGCCUUUCAAGCGUUCAUAGACAUUUCUUCUCCAUCACUCAUGGAAGAAAUAAUGUCCAGCCAAAAAUUCAUCAACAAAGGUGAAGUCUACGAUCCCCUUUUGCCCUGGCUAGGCGAAGGACUUCUUACUGCAAAAGAAAGCAAGUGGCGAAAGAGAAGGCGUUUGUUGACCCCUGCCUUCCAUUUCCAAAUUCUGGACAAUUUCUUCGACACUUUCAAUAAAAAUGCCGACAUUCUUUGCCAGCAGUUACAUCGUUCACUAUCUAAAGAAGGAGAAUUGAAUAAUGAAAGGGAAAUCGAAGUGUUUCCCUUUCUCAAACGAUGCACUCUCGACAUUAUCUGCGAAGCGGCUAUGGGCAUUCAGGUCAACGCUCAGUUGGAAGAUUCAGAGUACCUUAAUGCGGUUCAGAAGUUUUCCUUGUUACUUUUCGAAAAUUUCUUUUCGGUAUGGCGCUUGGUCCCUCGAUGGAUAUUUUUCUUGACGACAAAAGGCAAAGAGUACAAGAAAAGCUUGAAAGUCAUUCACGAUUUCACUUCUAAAGUGAUUACAGAUAGGAAAAAAGAAAUCGAUCAAGAAAUUGAAAUGAAACAAACGGAAGGGAAAAAAGAAGUUGAAUUUGAAUCGAAAAAAAGGAGAGCAUUUCUGGAUUUAAUGUUGAUUGCUGCCAAAGAAGGGGCUGAUUUAACUGAUACAGACAUACGAAAUGAAGUUGAUACUUUUAUGUUUGAGGGUCACGACACCACUGCAUCCGCUGCCGUUUGGUUCUUAUACUGCAUGGGUACUCACCCGGAGCAACAGGAGCGAGUAAGAGAGGAGUUGAGCCAUGUUUUUGGCGAUUCAAAUCGUCCCUGUACCUUAGAAGACACCACCAAACUGAAAUACCUAGAGUGUUGCAUCAAAGAGUCUCUGCGACUCUACCCGAGCGUACCCAACAUCAAACGAUACAUAAGUGAAGAUAUUGUGCUGAAUGGAUACAAAGUUCCAGCCGGCUCAACCAUAUCGAUGCACAUCUACUCACUUCAUCGUAACGAAGAGGUCUUUCCGGAUCCUCUCGUCUUCAAACCGGAACGAUUUGAAAACGAGCAACUCGUUGGGAGACAUCCGUUUGCCUUCGUUCCCUUCAGCGCCGGACCGAGGAAUUGUAUCGGUCAGAGAUUCGCUCUCUUUGAAGAGAAAGUUAUCAUGUCUACCUUGCUGAGACGUUUCCGUUUUACUUACGACACUGACAAACACGGACCGGCCAAACCAUCCGCCGAUUUGGUUCUGAAACCUCAUCAUGGAAUGCCGAUGAUACUCACUCCCCUCGUUGACAACUUUUUGGGCUCUGAAUGAUUUUGGAAUGAGUUCGUUUUGUGGCUGUUUGUUUAUGUUGGAAGCUAUAUUUGAUUAUUAUUUAGUCAUAGCAUUGGAAUGAAAUUGUUUGUGGUGCUACUUUUAUACGAGCUUCUCAAUUCUAAUGGCGGCUAUGCUAUAGGCUUACAACGAAAACCGCUUUUGUCCUACAUUCUUUAUACUACCGUUGAUUUUGUUAUCAUAUCUUUCUAUCGAAUACACUACUUGGUAUCGGGCUGAAUAAAAAUUCGGUUUCCUAAACAA